AUGAAGAUGUUAAUGGCUGUUUUCAUCCUUGGUUGUGUGGCCUCCUCAAGGGCCAUCUUCUUCGACCUCUUCAAGAAGGAGUCAUGGCAACCUGAUCCUUGGGCCCAACAGCCUGCUGAUCCCUGGGUACAGCAGCCUGCUGAUCCCUGGGUACAGCAGCCUGCUGAUCCUUGGGUGCAGCAGCCACCUGUUCAGCAACCAGUGAAAGAAAUCCCCAUUUUCAAGCCCUACUUGGAAUUCAAGCCCAUCUCCAUCCCAUUCCCCAAGCUGGAGCCCGUACCCGUGGUCAAGCCUUUCCCCAUUCUCAAGCCAGAGUUCGUAGAAGCUCAGGUUCCCCUCUACAAGCCCCAGGUUCCCCUCCCUAACAAGUACUUCAACUUCAACGCUAACGUUGGCCUCCACAAGCAGCCACAGCAGCCACAGCAGUACCAGCAAGCCCAGUACCACCAGGCUCAGCACCAGCAGCAACACCUCCCCACUGCAUACCAAGCACCCGAUGCUCACCACCACUAA